AUGGUUUCCUGCCCAAUAUGCGAUCAAUCUGUCUCCCAAUUGAAGAUCAAUAACCACAUCGACUCAGGCUGCCAGAGCUUCAUCGAAGAACCGUCGUCUUCUCCAGGAGAGCCGGCAUCCUCUCAGAAGGGACCAGUCCCAAGCAUGUUUCAACCUCCGUCCGCGCGCAAAGCUUCUGCCCAGUCGAAUAUUCCGAAGGUGUCCCCGUCGCGUCCCACAACAACCCCACGUGCUCUCACCGGCAAGCGAUCAUUUACCGAGGAAGCAGAAUCUACACGGGAGCGAGAUGUGCUUAAGCAACCAAAUGGUGAAUCCAAAGAGCCGCAGGCAAAGCGUCCCAGGAUCAACGCCUUCCACAAAGCAGCACCUCUAGCGGAACGCAUGCGACCUAAAACCCUGGAUGAGGUCUGCGGCCAAGAACUUGUCGGACCGAACGGCAUCCUACGCGGACUCAUCGAACAGGACCGAGUACCGAGUAUGAUACUAUGGGGUAGCGCGGGAACAGGGAAAACAACAAUCGCUCGAGUCAUCUCGUCGCUGGUGGGCAGCAGAUUCGUGGAAAUAAACAGUACCAGCAGCGGCGUAGCAGAGUGCAAGAAGAUAUUUGCCGAAGCUCGUAGUGAGCUGGGACUCACUGGGAGAAAAACAAUUAUCUUCUGUGACGAGAUCCACCGGUUUUCAAAGUCACAACAGGAUGUGUUCUUGGGCCCAGUAGAGAGCGGCCAGGUCACACUGAUCGGUGCCACAACGGAAAACCCAUCGUUCAAGGUUCAAAAUGCGCUGCUCUCACGUUGCCGAACAUUUACUCUUGCGAAGCUCACUGACGAGGAUAUCACUUCAAUCCUUCACCGUGCUCUCCGAGUUGAAGGCCCGAAUUAUUCGCCCUCCGAACUGGUGGACGAAGAGCUGGUUCAGUAUCUCGCCAAAUUUUCCGAUGGAGAUGCUCGCACUUCGCUGAAUUUGUUGGAGCUUGCCAUGGAUCUGUCAAAAAGACCUGGAAUGGAUAAAGAGGACCUGAAACGAUCUUUGACCAAGACGCUGGUGUAUGACCGUGCCGGAGAUCAGCAUUAUGAUACGAUAUCCGCUUUUCACAAGUCCAUUCGAGGGAGCAACCCAGAUGCAGCCCUCUACUACCUUGCUCGCAUGAUUCAGUCCGGUGAAGACCCCCUGUAUAUUUCUCGACGACUGAUUGUUGUCGCUUCCGAAGACAUUGGCCUGGCGGACAACACUAUGCUAUCACUUGCUAUAUCCACACAUUCGGCUGUUGAAAAAAUCGGACUUCCAGAGGCCCGAAUCAAUCUGGCACACGCUACUGUGGCGAUGGCGCUAUCGAAAAAGAGUACUCGCGCGUACCGUGGAUUGAAUAACGUCUUUGCCGCCUUGAACGAGCCAGGAAUCGCGGGCUUGCCCAUUCCUGUUCAUUUAAGGAAUGCGCCAACGAAGCUGAUGAAGGAGCUAGGCUAUGGUGCGGAGUAUAAGUACAAUCCGAACUAUGUCGACGGCAAGGUUCAACAGGAUUACCUGCCCGAGCAACUCCUCGGUCGUACCUUCCUAGAGGACUUGGAUUUAGCGAUGGGCUAUACCGGAUUUGGAAUCGGCCUCAUGGGCCUAGUCGUGCCUGCUUCACCUCAAGUGAUGCCCUUGUGUCUCGCUAUGAUGUUCAAGUCCGUUUUGAGUAUUUUUGAAGCCCCCAAGUGCAUCUCAAGUUCCAUCUUUACUUCACGUCACUCAUUCUCUCCCUUCGCAAAGGAUCGACAACUUGUUGGUACAAGCAUCAGUUUGCUGUUAGGCUCUGCCCUAAGCCCGUCCUUUCGCUCUCACUCUUUGCUCGAGGACUUUUCAGGGUGUCCAUCAUUACCUUUCCUAUCGUUCACCCUUGAAACCGUGAUGGCUCAAGCCGCUACACGGCAUCAGCCGUCUCCAUUGUCUCCACAUCCAAAUGGCGGGCGUAAAUAUGCGCCGUGUACACCACGUACACCGGAUUCCAUCUAUCCUUCUGCCAUGUCUCCACUCGCAUCAGCCACACUUUACUUUCCCGAUCCCAAUAUCGAGCAUACAAUGUCACAGACAUGGCAACUGUCGUCGACGGCCAUGGCAUAUGAGACCCAGUCCAUAGAUCCAGACAUACUCAAAAUGCCCAACAAAGUCGACAAUAGUCCGGUAAACAUUCAACUCCAGAUGUCUAGCAGCCAACCCCAGGGGCCAGAUGUGCUUGGUGGUCCAGUUUCUUUCGAUUCAAUAAUGACGCCUCCCAUGAUUGAAGACCAACCUCAGGGGCUGGAUAUGCCUGGCGGCCCAGAUUGUUUUGAUUCAAUAAUGACUCCUCCCACGAUUCAAGACCAAGUACAAAGCUCCGUAUCUCCUACAAGCUCGAAUCCUCGACCCUCAACAUGGCCUUCCAAUGCCAAUGAUACCUCGCCACGCGUCUCGACUGAACAUGAGCGUGCUCGGAGUGAACAUGGUGUCGGUAGAACACAACCAUUAUCUGCGCUAGGACGUCCGCUAUCUCCUCAUCUCGAGGAAGCAUAUCCCGAUGGCUUCGUCCCGUGGGAUCCAGCGAACCCUGAGAAGUCUGAUAAGAUCCGCGAAAAGAUUCCGCGUAACCGGGCCGAACUUCUGCAACAGAGAGAAGAUACCGCCGCACUCAGGAAAGCUGGCGGCUCAUGUAUGGCGUGCUACCGGGCCAAGAAAAAGUGUGGAACAACUACACCAUGUCCUCCAUGCUCUUCUAAGGGUAAUCGAAUCUGCUUUCGAAGUUGGGGAGAUCUAUGUCUGCUUGGGCCACCUGCGGGGGGCUCUCUUACGAUCUUUAGCUUCCCGUCCCCAGAGGCGAAAGAUACUUUGCAACGCAUGGGUGACGAGGUUUUCAAACGCAUGAAUGCAUUCAACGCGGUUGUUAAUAUCCGCGAAACAUAUGGCGGAAACUGCACUGCAUGGCAUUGGACAGUCACGAGGUCCAGUAUCGCACUAUCUAGUACAACAGACUGCCCUGUCGAUGAUUUUCUUACUGGGCUUAUCAGUGCCCUUCCCCUCGUGGAUCUGGUCAAAUUUGAAGAUCAAUACAAACACAACCCGCUCGUCUGGACUGCGCUCAGAAUGGCAAAUCUGUUUAUGGGCAUUCAAGGCUUGGUGCAAGCUCGAAUCCGUUCGUCCUGGUUUGAUGUUACCACCGGGCGACUCGUCUCGUUUUAUCUUUUGAUUCUCUCGUUUCGGAAGCUCGCAGAGAUGUCUCAGGACUUUUGCCCUGGUUUGUACGUGGCUCUGUGCGGAAAGGACAAGCAGAACAGCAACAAGAAAAACCGACCAGGGAAAGAAAAUGAGAUCGAGCCCGCUUGGGUCGCUGCAGCAUUAUACUACCGAGUUACGUGCGGCUUGCAAGAUCUUCAAUACAGCCCAAUCGUCGCGAGAAUAUUCGGUUCCUUUCGCCUUUAUCUGAGUGGUGUUCGGGAAAAACUCGAAGAUAUCCUGCGCAAUGUGUCCCCCAGACACGGGGCUACUGGGAAAUCCUCCAUCAGAACGAUUCUUGAGGACGAAGUUCCCAGUCUCCCGUCGUCUCCAAGCCUGGAUAUGGCCUUCUGGCUGGGAGACCCCGAGGAAAUGUCGUCUGUUUUGGGCCGGCCUGACGGUCCCUUUUCGCCGCCAGCCUGCGAAAUGCAAGCCUUCCUAGCUGAUCAUUUCCCUCGACCUCGCUUUGCGAAUCCUGAUGAGCAGCACGACGGGCUCUUGCAGUUAUCAGCGACUUCGCACGACACGGUGAUUGCCCAGGAACAGAAUUCCUUUGAUAGCAUAAUUUAUCCAGAUCAAGUUGGAAGCCUGGAUCCGAAUGGUCUGAUGGACAUCCUCAACAGUGAAUACGACAAUGGAUUCGAUCCAAUGGGUGCCGCCUUUGUUGAUACAAUGCCACCCGAUACAAUGCCACUUUAUGGCAAUUUCCAAAAAUCUCUGUACAAUUGUUGA